UGACGUCGCUGUUUACGACUGAUGAGUGCUGCAACCAGCAAUAUUUUUUUUGCGUAGCUGUUUUGCCUUUUCGCUUUCAUAUUUCACACUUGUCAGUUCUUAAAGAUAUGCAGGACUCGUAGUGCAUUGCAAUGGUCCUAUAGGACUAAGAAACAGUAAUGCCAUAAAGUAACCAGGCUUUGUCAAGUCUCCUCCACCUGGGAGGAGAGCUCUCCUCGGAAAUGGCAACCGAACUACAUGAGACUAUAUUUAUGGCCAAACAGGAGCGCCACAAAAACCUGUUUCUGAACUACAAAAACCUGAAUAUUUUCCCAGUAGAGCUGCUGAAAGAUGAAGGACUGCAGUUUUUGGAGAGAUUGUACAUGAAGAGAAACUCACUCACUACACUGCCUGACAAUCUUGCCCAGAAGCUUCCAAAUCUUAUUGAGCUGUACUUGCACUCAAACAACUUAGUCAUUAUUCCUGAAGCUAUUGGAAACCUGGCCAGACUGCAGUCGCUGGACCUCAGCAAUAAUGCCCUCCAGCUCCUUUGUCCAGAGAUUGGCCGCUUGAGGUCUUUACGGCACCUGAGGCUAUCCAAUAACCAGCUUAAAUGCCUUCCUCCAGAGAUUGGAGAUCUGCAGGACUUGGAGACUCUCGAUGUGGCCGUGAACCAGCUGAUGUCUCUUCCAGAUCGGCUGCACCGCUGUCUCUCCCUCCAGAAUCUUACAGUGGACCACAACCUACUAAGCCACCUUCCCAGACAGCUCUGCUGGCUGCACCGCCUCAACCAGCUCUCCAUGGCUGCAAACCGGCUGACUUUCCUACCACUCGAUCUGGGCAGAUCACGGGAGCUGCAGUUUGUGUUUGUGGAUAACAAUGUGGACCUCAAAGGUCUCCCCUCCUACUUGUAUAAUAAAGUCAUCGGAUGCAGCGGGUGUGGCGUAUCAACUCAAGCCCUGGAGGGUGAUAUGGGUGAGGCGCUGGGUGAGGUGUUGAGCGAAGCCCUGGUUGGGCUGCCAUCUGAAGUGAAGGUGAUUGGUUCAGAGACAGAUAAUGUAGUUCCCCUGGAAGAGCUAGCUAUGAGGACUUUACACCGCAUCUACCACCACCGACCAGUAGAGCUCAACUUGGUGCCUCCCAUCAGCCUUCCAAAGAGUUUGCUGGACCUGCUACAGUUUCCUCUAGGUCACUGUCACCGUUGCAGCCAAGCCAUGUUUACCAUCAUCUACCCCAAACUUUUCCCCCUCCGUGACACUGCGUUGGCAGGAGUUCACCGCAGAACGAUGGUGAGUUUUGUGGCUUAUUGCUGCUCAAGCCACUGCCUCCGAACCUUUGACCUCCAGGGUUGACAUAAUUUUCCUCUCACUGUCCACCUCCACCCAUGAGGGUGGCAGAUACUGUUGUCCAUCACCAGACAGUGACCAGUGGAUCCUGUGCAGGAGCUCUGUGCCUCAUUACAAAAUAAAGAACCACACCUGUGGUGACCUGUGCAGAUGUUCAGUGGGUCAAAUGAUUGACAGACUGCUCCUUUGGUAACAUUUUAAACCCUCUGGGCAAAAACUCAUGUGGGAGUAUGUGUCAAAAGUGCCCCACUCUGUCCAUUUACUAACAGUAUUAGACUUAAAUUAACUGCAAGUCUCCCUCUCACAUGUAAGCACUUUUAAAAGCAAAGUUUUUGUGAAAUUUGGAGUAAUCUUUCUCUUUUCUUGUAGCAGACGCAUCACAUUGAUUGUGGAGUCAUCUAUGAAGUUUAAACAUAUAUCUAGUGUGGUUUCUUUAACUGAGCACUGAAUAAUUAUUAUUUAAAAUAAACAUGUAUGUGUUUAAUGUA